AUGCUAUCCGGAGCCCACAUGAUCGCCUUUCGCCCGUUCCGCAUCAACAAGUCUCACCGCGAGGAUUUCCCCGAGAGGCCUACCCAGCCAAUACCCUCCCGGCGCUCGCGGAAGUCGAAAGCGAGCUCGCACCGGCGUCGUCGCAGCCCAGACUCCAGCCUUCUCGCCGUCGGAUCAUGGAGCAACCAAAGCCACCGUGACGACGGCAAUCAGGCCAGAACUGGGCGCUUCGACAUGUUUGCUCCCGUCAAUGAUGAAAUCGCCGCUAAGAGCCUGCCGAUGGAUUCAGCUUCGGGCAUGAUGGACGACUUCGUCCUCUUCCCUGACGACACUGCAGAGGAUGCUCUUGUGCCGUAUGAAGAGGCAUUGCCACCGUGCGCGCCCUGUAUCUCACGUCUUCGCACUCCAGACCUUGCCCCGAUGUCAACGGAUGUGCAGUUCUUUCCCUGUCUCGGUGACGAGAGGGAAGAAGACCGAAUCAACGAGGCCUGGUAUCUCGCCGGACGAGAAAAGAUGGAUUCUCAACUCAACGAUGCCUUGGCUUACAUGGCAGGCACAGAAGGUCGGAGGAGGAGGCUCGGAAACUGA